CACACUGAUCUGCUACCUCCUAGCUGCAUCCGAUCAUCGAGUGAAAAGAAUAUAAUAAUAAAUACGAGAUAGUUUUCACAGUGUUCAUGGGAGAUGACUUUUCGUCGUUUGUGUUUUUUUUAAAGCUAUAUCUGUGCAUAAUAUCAAGGUAAAUUUAUAAUAUAAGAUGUGGGAGGACGAACCUGCACCAUGGGAUAUUGAAGAACCCGCUCCGGAAGCGGGUGCUGAGGGUGCGACAGAAGGUGCAGCCACUGAGGCAGCUGCCACUGAAAAACCAGUCCUGAAAUUGUUAAAACUUGAGCCACCGCAUUACAAUCAUCACUGGGUUCGACCAUUGUUCCUCAAUUAUGCGUAUCUUUACGAUUAUAGGAAGAACUAUUAUGACGAUGUGAUCGACUAUCUCGAUUCGAGGCAGAAAGGUAUAUUUCGCGAGCCACCAAGGCCUCAAGAAUGGGCAGAAAGAGCUCUAAGGACUUAUGAUCAAAAGAAUAUAGACAAAAGUUUCAAGCGAUCGGCCGACAUGAAAUACAUCACUAACAUGAGACUCACGUCUAGACAUUACAGCUACCAUACUCGCGCCUAUUAUAGUCUGAAGUAUCAAAAGAUCCUGUGAAUCUGUCAUUCAUUCUGUUAAAAGCUGUCAAAAGACAAUUAUCAAAAGACAACUGAAAUUUCACAUAUCCACUUAUAUAUCCACUUAUAUAUCCAGUUUUUCAUAUAUAGGAAUUAAUAUUUAUUUUUUGAAAUGUAAUUUAAUACAGAUCUUUUCGACUGUAUUGUUAUUUUGCAAUUCAACAAUUUUUAUUAGGUUCUUUUUUGUAUAAACUAGUGAGAUUAAUAGCAAUUCAGAUAUGAUUGAUAAAAUGAAUAAUGUCUGCCUAUCGCAGCUAAUAUAUUGUAUAUUUACACUAAUUACAUAUGUACCAUUAAAGAUUGGCAUUGUAAAAUA